GCCUUCCCUGACGCUGAGCGAAGCCUCCCAUACAGAUGAGCGCUGGAAGCCACGCACCUCUUGACGUAGCCACUGACCGUUUGCGGUGCCACUCGGUCUCCGUAGCACGUAUUGCGCAACGUGACUGAUGCUUUACUGGCUGCACGGCGGGCACAUCCGGCUCCCACCGUCGGUGUGAAUUCAUUAGAAAAGUGGUGUCAUACAGCGGACACCUUUUUUUUUUCUCUGAGGAGCUGGGGAGGAAACGAUCCAUCGCUCCACAUCAGUCUGGACUGGACCCUCCCUCUUGUCUUUGGCAGCGGCGGAGAUGAGCUGAACAGCGUCGGGGCUGCAGUCGUGAUGUGACUGUGAGAGCAGAGCGCACACUGUAGCAUCGCCAGCAGCGUCUUCAUCACUUUGUCCACCGAGAAAUUCAACCGCUGAGGUUUCCACUGUUUUUUUUGUGUGACUACAGAGGUGAUGGCUUCGUUUUGACAGCAUGCAUCAACAGCAGCGGAGCGAGCCGUGACCACAGCCGGAAUUUAGGCAAUGUCCGUGGGUACAGAGCCCCCGUCCGCCCGCAGUCAACAGCGUCUGUGCGCCUCCUCGCUUUGCAGCUUCGUAGCUCUUUGCUGAAGACACACGGUUUCUCUGUGAGGAGGAAGCCAAACUGCAGGCGAGGAGAGGUCGCUGUUUGGUCUAAGGCCGGGCUUUCUGCAGCCCACUGUCUCUCCACAUCCGCCGCGGGGUCUCUAGCUGUGCUGCGAGCGCUGCGCCUUUUUCCUGACUUCUCCUUACCUGAAUUUGUUUGCCUCCUGCAUACAUAAAUACCUUUACUGUGUGUGUGUGUGUGUGUGUGUGUACCGAGACUGAAUUAGUAGAGAGCAGAGCCGCGCUGUGUCUAUGCACCUUCAUCUUCCAUGAGAGGACUUCUUGCCGUUGAGAGUUGGAUAUGCAGAGAUUAACGUGAAAGGAUGGAUCUUAUUGUGUGUGUUUUGGGGCUGCUGGCGCUGGUCGUGGAGGGCAUCCGCUGCCAAGGAGUGUAUGCACCUCCGACUGUUCGCAUUAUACACUCAGGUCAUGCGUGUAACGUUGAGGAGGAGAGACACACGGAGCGAGUGUACACCAUCAGAGAGGGAGAGACCCUGGAACUCACCUGCCUGGUAACGGGGCAUCCUCGACCGCAGAUCCGAUGGACCAAGACGGCCGGCAGCGUGUCGGAUCGCUUCCAGGACUCCAGCGUGUUCAAUGAAACAUUGCACAUCGCAAAGAUCCUGAGGACCCAGGGAGGUCGCUAUUACUGCAAGGCUGAGAACGGCCUUGGCUCGCCGGCCAUCAAGUCCAUCAGGGUGGACGUCUACUACCUUGAUGACCCGGUGGUGACAGUGCAUCAGAGUAUAGGCGAAGCAAAGGAGCAGUUCUACUAUGAGAGGACUGUGUUCCUACGCUGUGUCGCCAACUCCAACCCGCCCGUGCGCUACAGCUGGCACCGUGGCAGAGAGGUCCUGACACAGGGCUCGGACAAAGGCGUGGAGAUCUACGAGCCCUUUUUCACACAGCAGGGGGAAACGAAGAUUUUGAAGCUGAAGAACCUGCGCCCGCAGGACUACGCCAACUACAGCUGCAUCGCCUCCGUCAGAAACGUGUGUGGGAUCCCUGACCGCAAUGUUGUCUUCAGACUCACCAAUAAGACGGCCUCCCCAUCCAUCAAGCUGCUGGUGGAGGAUCCAAUCGUGGUGAAUCCCGGCCAGACGGUAUCUCUGGUGUGCAUCACCACCGGUGGGGAGCCUCCCCCCAUACUCACCUGGGUGAGCAGCAAUGACAGCCUGCCACAGAGGAGCGUGGUGAAGGGGGGGACACUCACGCUGCCAGCCAUCACCUCAGACGAGGCAGGUGUUUACAGCUGUGUGGCCAGCAACAAUGUGGGGAACCCGGCCAAGAAGUCCACAACCAUUGUGGUGCGAGCUUUGAAAAAGGGCAGAUUCUGGAUCACUCCUGACCCAUACCACAAUGACGACAACAUCCAGAUCGGACGUGAAGUCAAGAUAUCUUGCCAGGUGGAGGCGACCCCGCCAGAGGAGCUGACGUUCAGUUGGCUCAAGAACGGCCGUGCCCUGCGCAGCUCUGAGCGCAUGGUCAUCACCCAGACGGACCCGGACAUCUCCCCGGGGACCACCAACCUGGACAUCAUAGACCUGAAGUUUACCGACUUCGGCACAUACACGUGCGUUGCCGCACUGAAGGGCGGAGGCAUCCCUGAGAUCAGCAUUGACGUCAACAUCUCGUCCACUACUGUUCCCCCCAACCUGACAGUGCCCCGGGGCAAGUCCCCCCUGGUGGCCCGAGAGGGUGACACAGUGGAGCUGGAGUGCCUUGUUUCAGGAAAGCCCAAGCCCAUCAUCCUGUGGUCACGAGCAGAUAAGGAGGCGCCAAUGCCGGAUGGAAACAUGCAGAUGGAGAGCUACGACGGUGUGCUGCGUAUUGUUAAUGUGUCCAGGGAGAUGACGGGCUCGUACCGCUGCCAGACCAGCCAGUAUAACGGUUUCAACGUGAAACCCAGGGAGGCCGUGGUGGAGCUGAUCGUACAAUACCCUCCGACGGUGGAGCCGGUUUAUACAGAAAUGCGUCAAGGCCUGGGCAGACCCGUGGUGAUGACCUGCAGGGUGCUGCGAGCACAUCCCUCCCGUGUGCUGAGAUUCGAGUGGCUCCUUUCAAACCGUUUGCUCCACGCUGGAGCCUUUGAUGCCCAGAAAGACGAGACAGAGUACACGAUUCGCAGCCUGAAUCGAGACGGCUGGGGGGAGUACACCUGUAAUGUCAUCAAUGAGGCCGGCGCUGGCAAAUGCACCUUCCAGGUUACAGGAAAGGCGUAUCCACCUGAGUUCUACUAUGACACCUACAGCCCUCUGUGGCAGAACAGACCCAGAGUCUACGGCUUCAAGCUGCAGUGGACCCAGAUGAACCCCAAUGCUGUGGACCGCAUUGUUGCCUACAGACUCGGCAUCAAGCAGAUGGGCUUGCAGCGCUGGUGGGAACAAGAAAUCCCUGUGGAUGGAGCAAUUAACAAAGGAGAGCUCAUGACGCACAACCUGACUGAGCUGAUAAAGCCUGAAUCCUUCGAGGUGCGCCUGACCCCCAUCACUCGUUUUGGAGAGGGUGACUCCACCAUCCGAAUUGUGACCUACAGCGCUCCCAUCAACCCUCAUCUGAGAGAGUUCCACUGCAGCUUUGAAGAGGAACCCAUCUGCAUGUUCACCCAGGACAAGAAUGAUGAUUUUGAUUGGACUCGGCACAGUGCAGCUACCCGUGACACCAAGUAUACUCCCAACACGGGGCCUAGUGGUGAUCGCAGUGGCUCCAAGCAGGGUUUCUACAUGUACAUCGAGACAUCGAGGCCGCGGAAGGACGGGGACCAGGCGCGGCUCGUCAGCCCGUUUUUUAACGUAGCGCCCAAAAACCCUUACGGUAUCACCAACCCGCCUGCCUACUGCUUCGGCUUCUUCUACCACAUGUAUGGAAAACACAUAGGAACUCUGAACGCCUUCCUAAAGCAAAAGGGCCAAACAGCCUCUGAGGGACCCGUGUGGUCACUAAGUGGUAACCAAGGUGACCGCUGGAAGCAGGCCAAAGUAAGCAUUCACCCGACAGCGUCCUUUCAGGUGGUACUGGAAGGUAUCCGUGGACCAGGUAUUGAAGGAGACAUCGCCAUCGAUGACGUCACUCUUGAGGAGGGAGAAUGUCGAGACCCACCGCCCAAUCUCAUCUCCGGAGCUCCAUCGACCUCCACCCAUAUAUGGCUGCUAUGCAUCACCUUGGUGAUGACCCUCCUAGAAGGUCAGAGGUGACCCCUCCUUCGUCAUCUCAGAGGCCAAUAUUCAGACCCACCGUCUGUGAGCUAUCCUCGGCAUCCAGUCACCAAAGAUUCAUGCAUCCUGAGAGCAGCAGGGGUUCUCUGAUGGACCGCGGAGGGACCGAAAUCAAUAAGAGAGAAAAAAAAAUUGUGAUUAAAAAAAAAAAAAAGUGACAUAAAAAGUAAUAAAGAAGAUGCGCUAAUUUUUUAAAGAGACCUCUUUUACAGAAAACACUCCUCGGUGCAGGACUUGGGACAUGUUCACGAGCACAAAGACAGGUGCGGGCAGUGGAUAAACCUGGACUUUGGUGAAAAAGCGUCGACGGAGGACAGUUUGUAAAGCACAAGAACAAUUUUAUGAAGUUAUGAAAAUAUUUCUGGAAGGUGGCCGUAUAUAGACACAGCUGACUUUUUCAAAAGGAAAUAACAUUUCCCUGCUUACAAUUACAUAGAGACAGACCUUUUCUCUGUGUUUCUUUAUCUUCAUUUUCUUGCACCAGAUGCCAAUCUCCGACAUUGGUUUUUCACUGCAGCCCAGCCCCCACGUCACACCUUGGCAUUUAUAAAUCUGCUUGGUGCUUUAUUGUAGAAAAACAUGGACUCUGGCAACUUUAAGUUCUGUCUGCUUUCUCCCCUGUAGCUGCCUAUGUAUCUCUUAACACUGUGCUCACGAGUCCAAGUGGCCAACCGCCAGUAUGGUGGCAGAAUAAAAGAAGAAGAAGAAGAAGAAGAAUCAGCGUGGGAGAAGACACCUGGACUGCAGGGCAGAGAGAAGUUCAAGCUUAUGAGUGGUGGAAUGAGGGCAGAGAGGAAGAGUAGAGGAAGAGGAGGAGCAGGCAGAGAGUAGAGGAAGUUCAGACGAGUGAGGCCUGACUCUAAUAUUCAGUCAGCGGUCCACCUGUGGAACCGAAGCCACUUUACUUUCUGCCAUGAAACAAAGUGCCUUCAGAUUACAAACCGAAUCGUGAGCCUGGGCGUUAAUCGACACUGAACACAUCUCUGUUCAUGUUUCCUCUGAUGGGCUAUUUUCUACAUGUUUCUUUCGCCCCACAAGUGCUGACGGGAGGACAUGCGCGCGUUCAAGAGGGAGGAUGGCGGCUGUGCAACACCUGGAUUUUACUCCUGUUGGGACAGUUGCCUGUGUGUGUGUGUGUGUGUGUGUAUGUGUGCGUGUGUGGUUGUGUGUGUGUGUGUGUGCGUGCAUGCGCCUAAGUCUAUGCCUACGUGUAUUUCAAAGUGAAGGCAGCCGAACAGGCACUACUGGCAAGACCCAAGCACAGGUUUGGAAGAAAGAAAAAAAAUCGAUUAUAGCGGCAGCAACAGUGAAAGUCUGGCUCUGGAUCUUUUUUGCAUAAGGACAGUUUAAGUUCAUACGAGAGGAUUAAGACGCUUUGUUGACUUAAUACCCCACUUUCUUCCCGUAAUUCUCCCUCUCUGCAGGUGAGCAUUUUUUUAAACAAAGAAGAACAACUGCUGAAUCAAACUGUGUACAGGGAGGAGAGUAUAGGAACCCUUGGACCGCAGGCUCUUCAUGAGGGUGAUUUGCCUCGUCCCUGUGUGCCACCAUUUCUAUGGAACAAUAUCAGAAUAAAAGAUAAUAAUGACCAUAAUAAUAGUCAUGAUAUUUUAUUACUCUAGUGAGAAUGUUUCUCUGCUUUUACACAAACUGUGAAGAUUGACUGUGGAAGAUCUACCUGAGACCAUAACCUUAACCAGCGGGGUUUUUAAAAAUGUAUUGUAAAAAAGAGAAAAUAAGAAAAUGAAAAAUUCCGUUCAUUGUUGGUUAUGACAAAUGUUUUUGAGGACUUGUGUCUUGUUUCCUAAGUUUUUCUGUUGAAGAUGACUUAACUUCCUUUCUCUUCUUGUUGUCUCCCUUUGCAUUGCUGAAGUAUCAAAGCUGACGAAAGCAUAAGACGUAAACCAAUUUGGUAACUGUAUAACUUGUAAAUGUUAAAGAAGCUCUAUUCAAAGGUUUAUGAUAAAUGUUUUAUGUUGGAGUACAGGAAGCACAACAUACAGUUCAAGGUCUGAACAUAUAAAAAUCCAUUUUUUAUAUUUCUUUGCAUGCAUGUGACCCACUUCCACACACUCAGGCUCUGGAGUUAACGGCAGAUCCAUCUGUGUCUUGCAACACUAAGGCAACACUAAGACAACACUAAGGCAGACCUGGUCAGCUGUGGAGUGGACACCUUCAUGAGGGCUGUCUGGCUUCACAGUGUAAUGUAGCCUCUUCCAGUGGAAGCCUGAGUUCGCCUGGAGUGGGUCGCGUACAUGUGUGAGCGUAAGCUGUGUACAAUAGAUGUGAUGAGAAACUGAUACAUGUAAAAGAAGAUAAAUAUGCCAAGCAAAACAGAGCAGAAUGAUGAACAUUUCAGGGCAUCCUUACGUACGGUACUAUAUCAUUACGGCCUCUCUGAUGUGAUCGCAGGCGUUAACAUGCUUUUCGUUUCCAUAAGGCCCAGAUCAACGUGAAUGUAAAAAAGAGUUCUGGGGAGAGUAGAUUCUUGUCUAAAUAGAUGUAAUGUUUCUCCAACGCAUCUGUUUUGUGCGUGCGUGCGUUUGCGUGUUUGUGUGUGGUUGAUGAGAACUUGCAGACAUUCACAGGCUGUUUUGGACACGUCGACAACAAGACGUUGGUCUGACUUUGACGUCGUUUCCAUGUGAGUAAGCUCAAAACAAAUAUCCACCUAUUUGCUAUAUCCUUUUGUGGUCCCUAAGUGCUCCAUGUGAUCUUCACUGUUUCUAAGUAUGGAUAUGAGUUGAUUAGGACAUUUCUGUUUCUUUUACAAACCCCUGAUCGAUAUAUGAUGUGAAUAAAAGAAGUCAGCAUAUGAUACCAUUACAGAUUACAGCUGGAUGUACAUGAAGUAACAUAUUGUUUUCAUUGUUGUCAACGGUUAAAUUGAAUAAUAACACAUGUAGGGAAAUUCACAAACUUGCCAAGGCUUAGAGUACAAACUUAACCCCUCCUUACUUAUUAACACACGUCUGCAUCUACAAGGGAAACGACUUGGCUCCGUCUGAAUCAUUUUCUUUUAAAGAAUUAAGAUAACUAGUUAACGCAAUCAUGAGUUACACGCCAAGAAAUGGUUUGGCAUGUAGCUCGUGUAAAAAUGAAAAUAAUGAAUCAUUAUUUCAUGGACAGUAGAGGUGCAGGCAGGCUGACAUAAGGAAUAUUAUAUUCAUUGUAUUUUUCUAAAUGACAAGCUUUUUUUAAUCAGGAGACCUCUUUUCAAACUGCUGAUGGUGAAAUCGUAUCAGCACCUCUAAAUCUACUGUAUUAGUAGUUCACAAAAAUAUCCAACUAUUGCUUUAAGAGGCACAGUGUGUGAAACUCACCUCUCCCAGACCUUUUCUAUUAAACUAUUAAAAAAAAACAAAAAAAACAGAGAGCUCAUUCAAAUCCUGAUAUAAAUAUAAAAUAUGAAAAGAUCGUUCUGGGGUUCAGGGAAAGCAAUUAAAUUAAAUUAUGGCCCAAUCAAUAUAAUUUCACCUACUUUUAACGCACUAGACCGCCUAAUUCUACAGUAUACACAUGUCUUUGUAUGCCCUCGCAAAUGUGACACACCUCAUUUUUAUUCAGUUUGACAGUGAGGCGAUGAAAACCUGGGUACAUUCAUGCAAAAUGUUGUUUACGUGAAGGGAGAUUUCUGAGAAAUGCAAGUAAAAUCAGACAGCCACAGGAAUUGCUUGUUUUUCAUAGUAAUUUCAGCUCCCCAUGUAUCCUUGAUUUCUAAUUCUGUUUACUUUGCAUGUCUCAUGUCAGCCUCUGGCCUCUUGUCUGUGUGCGUACGAGGGAUGUGAUGUGAGGCCGGUGAGUGGUUUACAACCCCAGCUCUGCUCUGUCGAUCGAUGCGUGUUAUUUGAGAGUGUGCCGCGUUACAGAGUUUACUGACUGUAUUAUAAUGAGCGAGGCUUCUCUUGUGGUGCAAGUAGCUUUGGGUUAGUUGCAGAUGUAGCAGGAGCUUGUAGGAGAAUCACACUUGAGUGUUAAAAGAAAGAAAGAAAUCACAUAUUUUCUUAAUGGCAACUUCCCGGAUAACGUGACAUUAGAUUGUCCCUUAAAAAAAAAGGGAUAAAAUCGAGUAGUAAACACUGCACUGCUCAAACAGAGCACUGAUGUCAUCACCUACACAACUUACAAUCAUUGGAUUAAUCAACUGACUAAUGACAACUAAUCACACAGGUGUAGAAUGCAGCCCGUGUAACCUGAUACUUUCCCCUAUUAUUGAUUUACGUAAUCAGUCUGAGAAUAAAACAUUUUGUGUGUCUGGCAGGUGUCGCCGCUCCAUCUCUGUAGUCAUUUCAGAAGCUGUAAAUGGCAAUCCUGUUGUUUUUUUGGUCGCAUUGAGUUUAUUCCCCUGCACAGGGUAACAGCACAUGAGGCAGAAAACAUGUUAAAACACGUCUUUAAUAGGAUAUAAACAGAUGAAGCCACUAAAAAGAAAGAGCUGCAGCAGUAAUGUUUACACUCCCCACAAAAUACACGGCCUCGAAAAAUAAGGUGUAUGAGCCGGCAGUUGUAUGUCUUUGUUAUACAUUGUAACGGUCACAGUAUAACUUAGAAAAUUGUCUUUUUCCCUUUGUAACAUUGUGAAAACAAACAGCACAAGUCUAUUUUACUGCAUGGAAGAGGCAAUAACCGUUUGAUAGCUGAAAGGAGAAAAGCAGGAUGUGUGCAGGGCGUGGAGAGAGAAAAAAAAAUAAUAGUGUUUUUCUUGUUUACUGAAGAAGUGGCAUGUGUGACCUGCAGUCUUUGUGCUAGGUAUGAGCCGGGCAUAUUGUUCUUAAUUAAACUGAGAAGGAAAUAACCUAUUCUAACCUAUUCGUGGACGGGGUAAAGUGCUGGAAUACUAAGAAAACAAACAAUGCUGUUUAAUCUUGGAUUUCUCUUCAUUCUUUUGAAUAUUUCCUCUGUGUGUCUAUGAAUACGUUGAUUAUACAGUUGUGCAUGAAUGUACCCAGUGCUUACAUUAAUAGCAUUAAAACUGAGGUGCCGGAGGAUUAGGGGAUGGGGUUUGUCAGAGUUUGUGCAGGCUGGAGACUCAACGUAAUUGCUGUAACAUGCAAGUUUGCUGAAACAAUUUCCAAGGUUCUUUGUUAAAUUUGAUUAAAGCUAUCCAUGUGAGUAGAACCAUGGCCACUUGGUAUUUGAGAAAAUGUAAUUUAAAACAAACUAUUGCCUUCAUUCCAAAAAGUGCAAACCUUGUAAUAUUAUCCAAGUUGAAAUGAUUUUAGCAAGAAAAUCUAAUUCCGUGCGGUCGUGCUGCAAAACUCUAACUGUAACGCAGUGAACGGCAGUUUUAAUUUGAAAGACGUUCAGCUGUCAUUUACAUUUUUACCUGUUUAGUUUUCCCUAACCUUAUAUUUAACUGCCCAUUACCUAGUGAUUCAGGGGUCUGUAAAAGGAACAUUACCAACAUCUCUCAUUCUCUGUUCCACCUAGAAGGGCUUUGUCACAGUGUACCAUACAUCACGCCCACAAAAUAAUCUAUUCAGCUCCACGAGUGUGAUGUGAUUGCAUUAUUAGCAUACACACCCAAGAAAGACCGAAGUGCCAAAAAGUGGGGAAAGCAUUCAGACGACGUGACAGUCACAGGGAAUUUGGCACUUUGACUUUAAAUAUCAAGGAAUCAAACAGGAAACCUGCAUUUUUAAUAUGAUUUCGAUUUAUUUUCUCCACUAAAUUUCCAUGCAGUAUUUUUUUUUUGUUCACUUCCACACAAUGGCUAGGCAGUAUAGUGAGUGACUUGUUGACAGGAGGCUGACUGCAGUCUCACUAAAUAACUGGAAAAGCUAGACACUUUUCAGAGAUCUCAUUUUAGUCUGUCAGGGAAGAAGCAGUAUGUCACCAUUUGAUUCCUUGGCUGCUCACUCUGACACGUUUACCAGAGGGAAAACUGCCACCUCUUGCUACCUUCUCUUUUGGAGUUAGAGUGAAUUUUACUUCUUCUUGUCUGCCCUGUCUGUCCUCCUCCUGAUUUGUAAUCACACAGCAGACAGGAGCAACAUGUGACUCCCCCCCCUUUUCCAUUUUCCCUAAUUACCAGUAAUGCCGCUGACAAAACACAAAAACAUGCAGCAUUCUUUUAAAUGCCCCCGUGGAUGUGACGAGAUUGGCUGUAAUAUCGAGGCUGUGGAGAAAGCAGUGUUUCAGUGAUGUUAUCUAUCUUGUUCUGUGCUGCCACCGUGUAAUGAUGACCUGUCACUCUUCUCUGUUUUGUGCUCUAUAUUUAUAAACCGUAUGAUCAGGCUUCUUUUUCACUGUAUUUCUUUGAAUUUGUCACCCAUUUUUGUGCCAUACCUGCAACUAAUGAAAAAAUAAAGCAAAGGAAUAUUUUA